GGGGGAAGCGUCUUCUGUACGGGAGGGGGAGGAGGGAGCCGCUCCCUCUGGCCGGCGUGGCCUGUUCUGUCUCCCUGCUUUAUUCUCGUUUUUUUUUUUUUCUCAGCCUUUUCGCCCUCAUGCCGUUUUAUUUCAGGAAGGGCCGAAGAGGCCUCUUUAAACAUAUAGCUCAUGGCCUGAUCCCCGCAGCUACCAUAGCUCCUAAACCUGCUGUCCCCCGUACCCCUCCCCCUCGUAGUCCAAACCCUUCUCCAGAGAGGCCCAGGUCUGCUCUAGCAGCCGCUAUUCUUGUGACAACCUUGACUGGACGAACGGUUGCCAUCCCUCAGCCUCGUCAGCGAUCUUUUUCGGAAAGUGAUGCCAGCUACUUGCAAGAUCAGGAAGAAUGCAUUGAACCAUAUGCCACUGUCACUGAGCUACGAAUGGGUCCAAACUGGCAGAGUGAUGGUGAUGAAAGGAAAGCAGUGCAAACUUUAGAAGCAUCUGGGAGUUGUGAGGAUGAUGACAUGGAUACAUUCACUUCGGACACAGAAAGAGAAUCAGAUCCAGACCGUCAAAUUAUUGAUAAAAAAGAAAGCAUGAGUCAUGAGAUGAUGUAUGCUAUGCCACAUAGAAUCAAACAGGAAAAUCUCCCAGUCUCCUCUAGUGCCAAUGGUGAAGAUUCUUCUGUCUGCGAGCCAAGUUGUCUCAUUCAGCCAAAUGUUCAGGUGGAAGAAAUUGAAUAUCCUGGAGUGAGGUUUAAGGGAGACAACUCAGGUGAAAAUCCACUGAAUGAAAAACCACCCUCGUCUUCAGAUGCAGUUCUCCACCGAAAGCAGGAACAGAUGGUUCUUCCCAGAGAGAAGUUCCAGAAAUUGAAAGAACAACAUUGGCAUCUAAACAACGCAAACCAGACCUUAUUUUCUGAACUUGAACAGUCAAAGCAGUUAAUGAAAGAACUCCAAUUAAAAAUUAAGACAUUGGAAAAAGAGAACAGACAGUUUAAGGAAAAGCAGAACUCACACAGUGAAGAGGAAGGUGCAGAAUUGGUUUUGCUAAGGCAACAAGCCCAGGAACUAGUAGAUGAAAACGACAGUUUGAAAAUGACCGUUCACCGUUUAAAUGCAGAACUGAGUCGCUAUCAAACAAAGUAUAGACCAAUUUCACCCAGUGAGAGUGUAAAGAUUGGAAGUCUGCCAAUGAAAAAACCAAUACCCCCGUGGCUGCUUGACAUGAAAUAUUUAUCCCCGCUUCUGUUGGCAUAUGAAGACAGAAUGAAAGAAAAAGAAGAGCUGAUUCUAGAGCAUGAGGAAAGCAUGAAGAUGUUUAAAGCACAAGUGGAAGAAGUAGUGAAGGAAAAUGAACAGUUACACCACAAAUUAAGUAAAAAUACUGGUACUUUUAUUAGUACUAAAGAAUGGCAGCAUUUGCAAAGUCAAGCUAAGCUUGUCCUAGAGGAAAAUAGAGUAUUAAUGGAGCAACUUAAAAUACAAGAAACCAAAAUAAACGAUACCAUCAACCAACAUGUUACCGAAGUUUCCAAAUUGACCAAACAGCUCAUUCUUUUGGAAACUGAGAAACAAAACCAAGAAGUAGAGAUGAAAGAUUGUCAGAAAAAGCUGAGAGAAUUACGCUCCGCAUACAAAGAAUUAAAGGCCAACGUUAGUGAUUACAUAACAGCAGAGGAGCACAUUGCAUUGGAAAAUAAAUUUAAAAACCAAUUGCAGAUGGAACAGGAAAAGAGAGAGAUGGAGAUCCAGGAACUAAUGAAAAAACUAGCCUCUGUGCAAGCAGAAACAAAGAGCCUUCUUCUAGAGAAAAAUGACCUGCUGGCAGAAAACAAGACUUUAGAAGCUGAACUGGAAAUGGCACGGAAGACUAAAAGGCGGUCGCAGAAGAAAGUAGAUCUUCUGAAGCAGCACUUGGAAGAAACAAUGGAAAAGGAAAUGGCUGCCCACCAGUAUCUAGUUAACAUGAUCAGCUUGGCAGAAAACGUAACUCAAGAACGCGAUCAGCUUUUAAACCUGGCCAGUUGUUUGGAGAAAGAGAAGCACAGCGUUCUCAACAAGAUAAUAGAAGGAAAUGUACGUCUAGGAAAAUUAGAAGAGAAAGUAAAGGUGUAUAAAAAGACCGCUGCAGGCAAGCUUGGGGAUAUCAGCCUCAAAGCGACAGAGCGAGAGAAGGAAUUUGCAGGGAAGACUGCUCAGUACCAGCGGGAAAUGAAACAUCUCCAGCGGCUGCUACAAGAGAAGCAGGAAUCCCUGGAUGAAGCUCUGCAGCAGAAGAGAGAAAUGGAAAACGAACUUGAAAUAAUUUGGGAAUCGACCGCCAAAGAAAACAGGAGGAUGAAGGAAUUCUUGCAUAAAUCUCUGGAGAAGAACGCACAGAAUUCGGUCAACGCUGCUCAUGAAUCCCAGCUAACUGACAUUUCUCAGAAAGUCCUGCUGGGUAAAUACGGUUUUAGCUACUGUGAUGUGGAGGUGUCCUCACCCCCUCGAGCGCCGAAUGAAGAAGAACCUUAAUAUUAAGGGAGUGGAUGUCGCUGCUUCCUCCAAGGCAAAACAGAAGUGAAAGAAGCAAACAUAAAGAGCAAACUGGAACCUAGUCAGAAGCCAAGUAUGAUUUACCAGUUGGAUUGAGAGAUCGCCACGGCUGUGAUUUGCAUUGUACGUUAAGAAAUGUUGUCUCAAGACCUUUCUAAGCCCUGAGAAGCAUCUUUCAUUCUGAAAGGCAUGUUUCUUGCCUUUACAAUUACAAUUAUGCACUGAAUCUACAGUGGUACCCUGGUACUCAUCAUUAAUUGGUAUCGGGAAGGGUGAUGGGUACAAAAAUUAUUCCUUAUUCCCAUAAUGAAUAAUUUAUUGAGUCAUAAGCGGCCGACACCGACAAUUUCUAGCUGGUGUGUUGAGUAUCAAACAAAUGAUGAGUACCGGGACAAACUCCAUGUCAAAAUGCGCUGAGUACCAAAUUCAAAGCAGUUGAGUACCAAGGUACCACUGUAUAGAUUCAGUGCAUCUGAAAGGGAGAGGUCUCUGAAUAAAGAUUGAUUGAUAGGCAGGGUGGCUACUGUUUCAGCAUCAGCUCUGCCUCUCUUAGGGUUUCCGGAUGGCUGUUUUCCCUAUCGGCAAUUCUGAGAACAGCUUCCUAGAAAAAGCCUCAUUAAAUGUAGUAUUGAAUGGAAGCCAGAGUUGAACGGUGUUGUCAAUAAGACAUUUAGAUGCUUAAACCAAAGGAAAAAUGGAACUUAUUUGAACUGACUUUACAUAACUCUUUGCACUAUUUAUUAAACAAAUUUCAGGUCUGAAAUGGCUGAACUGAGCGUUGAUUUAGCUCAGUGUUUCUCAACCUUGACCAUUUUAAGGCAUGUGGACUUCAACUCCCAGAAUUCCACAGCCAGCAUUGCUGGCUGUGGAAUUGUGGGAGUUGAAGUCCACAUGCUUUAAAGUUGUCAAGGUUGAGAAACACUGAUUUAGCUGAACUUUUAUAAAGAUGUGGACAAAAAAGAUAAGAAUAUACAGUUUCUAGUCCUUUACUGAAGAGCUGAAUAGAAAUUCUUGUUUUUUUAAAAUUAGAUGUCAUUUCAGUUGGAGACAAAAUUCAGUUGAUUUCUCCCCUUUUUUUACAUAAAGUAUCGCUUGGAAAUAAAGAAUUGAAAAGUAUAAGCGAUAUAUAAGCAAUAUAAGGAAAGAACACGUAACCGUAGAGCAAUAUAAGUAAUUAGGAAAGAAGAAUACUUUGUAAUUGAAAAUACGUAGAACUCAAAUUAUAAAUCUCUUCAUAUAUCAUGGGUGGAUUCUGGAGGCAACAGCCUUAUUUGAUAGUUUGAACGUAUGCAGCUAGGUCAUUAAAUUUCCACCAGACUUGUUACAUUUCAGGGAGUCUCUUACACAAGACAAUCAAGGCAAUUAGUCAAGAUAGCACAAAAAAGUUGAGAAUAUCCAUAUUUUACAAAUGCAGCAUUACUUAGGCAAAGCCAGAUUUUUUUUAUUAAUAUUGAUAAACUGUUGAAAGUAAGGCCUCAUUCCCUGCCUUUUGUAAAUCAUCCAAACCUCUAAACUAGUAAUUCCAGGUUUGCCUUCUUUUGUAACAUAUUUGUGUUCUUUCAGAUUUUCGAAAUAAUCAACCAUUAUCCAAUCAUGACCAAAAAUAAAUAAAUUGGGGUUAAGUAGGGCCUGAAAGAUUUACUAAAUCCUCUAUACGCUCCAGCUGCAUUCCUUUGGCGGCCCACCAUCUUUCCUUCUGACAGAUGGUGAGGCCCUCCUUGUCAUGGCAGCAGAAACCAACCUGCAGCAAGUUGCUGGGACCACGUGGACAGCAUCAUUUCUUUUUCUUCCCUUCUUUCUUUCCUACAACUCAGCAGCCCUUCCUUUUUUCUGGCACCAUAUAUAUAUAUAUAUGGUCUGGCACCAAGUGGGAUGGAACCACCGCUUAUAUAUAUGGUCUGGCACCAAGUGGGAUGGAACCACCUCAGAGCGGAAAAAGUUCUGCAUCCGUGCUUUAGCUGGUUCUUAUCAAACAUUUUCAAAAAGACGCUUUUGCAUUCACUCCUCGCCAGUAAUGAUCCUGACUUUGAAGGUUCUGCAAGUUUGACAUUUCUGCAGACCGAAGCAAGUGCUGCAUUGUAAAGCUCCCCUUUGGCAGAAGAGUCAAAAGCUAUUCCAUGGCUUUUGAUUUAACGCUCAGAGUACUAUCCAAGGUGCUGGCUGGAUUCAGACUUCGUGUAAGCCAUCACUUGUUGGCUUAUUUCUUUGGUUUGUCUGGCCGAGCCGCUUUUGUGUGCGCUUUGGAGUAGGUUGAACUCUUCUUCAGAGUUUCACAGAGGCGUCCAUUGUUGGGCUUUGUGUAUAAACCCAGAUUGUGUUUACCUGUGCAUAAACACAAGAGUUAUAUUCUUUUUCAUUGUUCAUCUUAUUGCUCUAUUACCUUAAUUCGGUUUGUACUCUUCAUUUCUUCCUUUUUAUUCUUGUAAGCUGCCUAGCGUAGCCCCAUGGCAAAUAAAUUUAACAAAUAAAUUAAUAAAUCCAGUCAGGUAUGGAGGAACGUUGUCCAUGGGGUCGCGAUGGGUCGGACACGAACUUCGCAAUUAACAACAACAAUGUCCCUUUAAGCCCUGAUUCUUUAUUGGCCUGGGCAAUUCUGAAGAGUUACUUGUAAUACCCUGGAGCUGGGUCCGCUUCAAAGGAUAUUACUGUGUGAAUGCUGUCUUUUGUCAUUCAAGCCAUAGUAAUAAAUAUGUCUCUUCUCAUGGCAGUUCAAACAUAAAAGUGGUUUGAGGGAGAUUUUGCACUUAUCUGCUAUCUACUAUAUGCCUCUCCCCCCCCCCCCGUGUUUUUAACUUAUCCUAAUGGUUGUUUGGAUAAAUGUGUAAUUUUAUAAAUGCUGACAGUUGUGUACUAUUUACAGCUUUGUUUGUUUCCCAAUUAUGUAUUUUUUCAUGCUUUUUAUAAUAAUAAAAUACUUAUUUUAAAG